CAUCCCUGCAAAUCAUAAUUCACUAACGACUGCUAACCAAUACCUAGAGCCGUUGCAUUUCUAUCACGUGACCAAGUUUGUUUAUAACCCCAAUUAUGCAUUAUACUGUAAUUCCUAGUGAUUCAACUUAGCGUAUAUGCGUAUGUAUCACGGAUGUGUACAUUACAAAUUCAGUUAUAUGUAUUUAUAUAUAUAUAUAUACAUAUCUAUAUCUAUAUAUAUAAAACAAAUAUUUCUGUAUAUAUUUAAUAAGUUUUUGUUGCCGAACCAUGAAAUGUUUUCCUUAUUAUUUUAUUGAAUAAUAAUAGAUAAUAAAGACAUUUGUUAAUUUAAUUGUGUUUAAGCUAUACGAUUAUAUUCCAUCAAUUUGUGAUUUCAAGUAAUGUAAUUAAGUUUAAAAACAUUUUCAAAAUAAAUACAUGUAUUAAAUUGCACAUGUUACAAUGGAUUCGUAUAUAAUGCAGAUCAGACGUAUGUGGUUGAAUCAGGACGGCGAUGGUUUAGCGGAUUUAUUGUCUUUACGGCAUAAUCAUGUUUCAAUUUCACAAAUUGGAUCUGAAACUGCAAUAACAAAAGCAAUGGAACAUUUAUCUGCUCCACUUGAUGACUUAGUACUUUACCACUUAAAAACUAUAACAGCAAUACAUAAAGAUGACCCAUUGUCUAUGUAUAAUUAUCAAAGUUCUGCAGUUCAAUCUUUGACAAAGAUUCUUCAGAUGCAAAAGGAAGAAAAUUGGAUGUUGCCUGUUAUGAACGUAAUGUGUUUAGAAUUACGGUUAUUAGCAGUUUGUGCAGAGAAUACAAGAUCCAGCAAAAAUGUGAAGCCUGGAGAAAUUUUGGAGAAAUGUGCAGAUUGCCUAAUGGGAUGUUUUCGAGUAUGUGCUUGCGACAAUCGUAGCUCAGAAGAUGAUACAAAACGAUGGGGAAUGCUGGCAUUAGUUAAUCAAUUAUUAAAAAUUUAUUUUAGAAUAAAUAAAUUGCAUUUAUGUAAACCUUUAAUAAGGGCAAUAGAAUCAUCCCCAUAUAAAGCACAUUUUGCAUUAGCACAACAAAUUACUUAUAAAUUUUUCGUGGGCCGUAAAGCAAUGUUUGAUAGUGAUUACAAAGCUGCUGAUGAAUAUCUUACUUAUGCUUUUGAACAUUGUCAUAAACAAUGUUCAAAAAACAAACGAUUAAUUUUAACUUAUCUUGUGCCAGUGAAAAUGUUAUUAGGAUAUAUGCCUAAACAUAACUUACUAGAAAAAUAUAACUUAAUGGAAUUUGGAGAAUUAAUGGAAGCUGUUAAAAGAGGAGAUUUAUGCAAUCUUGAAAAAGUGAUGGAAAAACACGAAUUAUUUUUUAUAGGAGCAGGAAUAUAUUUAAUAGUAGAAAAAUUGAAGAUAAUAGCAUACAGAAAUUUAUUUAAAAAAGUGUAUUUAGUAUUAAAUAUACAUCAGAUUCCUAUUCAAGAUUUACUUUCAGCAUUGGAAAUGCAAGGAAUUGAUGAUGUUGAUAUGGAUGAAGUAGAAUGCAUUGUGGCAAAUUUAAUAUAUGAAGGAAAAAUUAAAGGAUACAUAUCUCAUCAACAUAAAAAAUUAGUCAUCUCUAAACAAAAUCCUUUUCCAAGACUUUCAACUAUACUUUAAUUAUCUUUAGAUUACAUGUAUCUCUGUAACAAAUACAUUUAAAUUCAAUAAAGUUGAUUUAAUUGA